UCCAGAUCCUAACCCAGAGAGAGCUUUUGCCCGCUCUUUCGAAAGGAAAACCCUCUCCUCGCAUCUCGCGGCGCUCUCUACGAGGCGGAGCAGUAGCGCAACUUGCAGCCAGCCAGCCAGCCAGCCACCCGGCGCACCGAGAAGCAGCAGCAGCAGGAGGAGCCUCGGAAGGCGCUCCUGGAGCGGCUUCAAGCGAAGAUGGCGCCGGCGGCCCGCCGAGUGGCAAAGGAGCUGGAUGGAAUUAAGAAGGCCGGGUUCCGCUGCUUUCGGGAUGUGGAAGUAGAUGUGAACAAUGUCCUGCUGUGGAAGGGACUUCUAGUGCCGGAUGACCCCCCGUACAACAAAGGCGCCUUCCGGAUUGAGAUCAGCUUUCCAAGCGAGUACCCCCUCAAGCCUCCCAAGGUCACUUUCAAGACUCAGAUCUACCACCCCAACGUGGAUGAGAAGGGCCAGGUGUGCUUGCCAAUCGUCAGCAGCAAGAACUGGAGACCUUCCACCAAGGCAGACCAAGUGAUUGCGGAACUGAUCGCGCUGGUGAAUAAACCUGACCCAGAGCACCCUUUGCGCGCUGACUUGGCCGACGAGUUUAUCCAGGACCACGAGCGCUUUUUGUCCAAAGCUGAAGAGCAGACCAGCAAAUUCAGUGAGAAGCGGCCAUGCGAGUGACCUGCUGCCCUCCUGAACCCCUGCCUGCCUCACUGGCUGGCUGGAACCUUCCACAUAGGCACGGUCCCAGUGGGAUGAAAUGCAAGUGGGACCACGGAAGCUGUCCCCACCGUUGCAUUAUCAAUAAAGGAAUGUACACGGUGGGAUCCUGCAUUGCUCUGGCUCAUGACACUAAUUCUGCAUCUGAGGGGGAGGAGACUUCAGCCCUGGGGAGGAGAGACUUUGGUUUGGACUCUUGGAAGUGAAAUGUUGUGCUUUCUCCUUGCAUUCGUUGGCGUUUGGAUGACCUUUCUUGCUUUCUUACAGUUUUGCUUUUAACUUUAACUCGGUCCCCGCUCUAAACAUUCCUGGGGAGAGGCACAAAUGACUUCCUUUAGUUUGUCCAAGGCAGCUUUCUCAUCGGGCAUUUACCGUAGAACACUUUGUCCCUUGUUUUUUUAGAGGACAUGUACAUGUCAUUUGUGAUCAAAACGUCCUCCUCCCAUGUUUUCCCUGUUCAUCUUCCUUCCCUGCCUCCUUCUCCAAGCCAAAAAAUAAUAAUCAAACUUUUU